UCCCACCCAGCAGGAGGCGACGUGCCUGUUUCAGGGCAAUGCUGCCGGUGUGACGUAUAAUCUAAUGGACGGGACGCUUCUUCAAACAACAAAAGCGAGUUAUUCACCUCCGUAUCUUACUAGCCAACAUAGACGAUACAAUUGCAGAUCUUUAAAUGCUUUCGUUGUAUAUUAGCCACUGUGUUUUAAACACACUUGUCGUAUCUCCUGAGGUGAUCUGCUGGACGGAGAAAGAAGCUCUGGGGCUGAACAUUGUCGUGAAAGAGGAGGAGGAAGAAGAGGAUGUCACAGUAAAACAAGAAACAGAGGUUGAGGCUGUUACAGUGAAAGAAGAAGAGAAAGAGGUUAAAUUGACAGAAGAUGAAGACUCGUUCAGAGUGAAAGAGGAGGAGGCUGUUACAGUAAAAGAAGAGGAAGAGAAAGAGGAGAUGACUGUCACAGUGAAAGAAGAGGAAGACGUUUUUGGAAUGAAGGAAGUGGGGGAGAUUACUGUCACAUUAGAGGAAGAAGAGGAGACAGGAGAUCUGAUUAACAACAGAGAGAGACCAGACUCUCACUCUGACAGACGGAAGAAGAGUCCUUCAGGGGAACCAGACCCAGAGACGCCCAAACCAGGGAGACGACACCACUGCUCCCAGUGUAAUUUGAGUUAUAAGUUUUUAUGGAAACUGAAACAGCACGAGAGGACACACACAGGGGAGAAACCACACCACUGCUCUCAGUGUGGAAAGAGUUUUACCCUGUUAGGGAACCUGAAAAAGCAUAAAGGAAUACACACAGGAGAAAAGCCUUUCCAAUGUUCCCAGUGUGGAAAGAGAUUUUCACGAUCACAGGAACUAAAAUCACAUGAGAUGAAACACACAGGGGAUAAACCACACCACUGCUCCCAUUGUGGAAAGAGUUUUACCCAGUUAGGGACCCUGAACAAACAUAAGAGAAUACACACAGGAGAAAAGCCUUACCACUGCUCCCAGUGUGGAAAGAGUUUUAUACAGUUAGGGAACCUGAACAACCAUAAUAUAAUACACACAGAAGAAAAGCCUUUCCAGUGUUUCUACUGUGGAAAGAGAUUUUCAAGAUCACAGGACCUAAAAUCACAUGAGAUGAUACACACAGGGGAGAAACCACACCACUGCUCCCAGUGUGGAAAGAGUUUUACACAGUUGGGAAGCCUGAACAAACAUAAGAAGAGAAUACACUCUGGAGAGAAAUCUUAACAUACUUUCCCAGUCAGAGGACCUGUAAUCACAUGACAGAAUAGAGAGGCUGUCUUCUGACUUGUGUUUUUGAGGUAGUUUUUUAAAAUUAAAUGUUGAUAUAAAAAAAUAUGAUUUGGAUAUUUUAAAAUUACAAUUAUUAAAUAGAUUAGUAGAAUGUGCAUUUCUUGAUUUUAACCUAGAAAUGUUAUGAAUUUAAGUUGUUGUGUUUCAUUGAGUUAAUGUGUAUACUAGUCUUCACGCUAAAAGUUUAUGAACAUUUGAUGACGUUGACAAUUUUUUGACAUGAAGAACACUCACUUCCUCAUGAAUGUUCCCAUCGGUAGUAUUCCACCAUGUCAGAGAAAACGGAACAUGGAGCAUAUUGUUGUCUGAAUAUAAAUAUAAUGUGGAACGGCACUAGUGGACAUUCAUUAUAUACAUCUGUGUAUUGUUAAAUUAUACACUAUAGACAUUUUAGAGGUUUUUGUUGAAUUAUAUAUGUUUGUUUGACUGAAUGAUUGUAUUGUUACAUUAUACAUUAUAGACCUUAUUAUUAUUAUUAUUAUUAUUAUUAUAGGUGCUUUUAAAACGUUUUAUUAUAUAUGUUUGUUUGUUUAACUGAAUGAACCAGAAAUUGCAUAAUGUGCAGAUGUGUAGAAGAUGUUAAGUUUGUUUUCAAAUCUAACUCAUUAAAAAUGUUCACUAAUCAAUCAACACAUGCUUCUCUUUAUGCAGCUCACUGCUUCUUGACACACUACUCACUUAAACCCGGAAGCCAGCCACACCAUUGUGUCUUAGGGAAACACCGUACACAGCAACUAAAAUCACAUGAGAGGACACACACAUGUGGGAGAAACCAUACCACUGCUUCCAGUGUGAAAAUAGUUUUAUUGCAGUUAGGGAGCCUGAACAAUCAUAAUAUAAUACACACAGGAGAAAAGCCUUACCCCUGUGUCCCGGUACCCUCUAUGUGGAGGCUAUAUACAGGGGGUACCGGGACAGAGUCAAUGUGUAGACUAUAUACAGGGGCAGGCAAU